ACAUCUCUUUUCAUUAUAAAAUAUCAGAUAGAAAUAACUUCGAUUCUGGGAGAUUUUCUGUGGAUAUUUGUCAGUGUGCUCGGCUACUCAAAACUCUUGAACCGAGUCACUGACUGAGUCGGCGAAUGUGAGCACACGCCGGAAAUAAUGGAAGAUGUAUGUGCAAUCGGAGGGGUCGGGGAAGACAGGAAGCUGAGGACGCACCAUCAUCAGCAAGCACUGAAGUGUCCUAGGUGUGAUUCACUCAACACAAAGUUUUGUUAUUACAAUAAUUAUAACCAAUCUCAGCCGCGGCACUUCUGCAAGAGCUGCCGGCGGUACUGGACUAAAGGCGGUAUCCUCCGUAACGUCCCCGUCGGAGGCGGAAACCGGAAGACGAGCAAGCGGUCCAAACCGAAAAAAGAACGCAAGUCGAAUUCGCAUUCAAGCAGCAAGAGUCCCAGUCUCGCCGCCGCCGUGAUGGCUGCCACUCCCACCUCAGCCAGUGGCAACAUCGGCUCCACUACUGAAUUAGGUUAUAAUUUUCCUGAAUCGAAGUUUUAUAAUGUGAAUCCGAAUCCACAGGCUACGACUACAAACCAUAGCUUUGAUUCACAGCCGGUGGUGAAUCAACCGCCGGACAUCCAGAUUUUCACCGGCUUCGGAAGCUUCGCGAGCCUGGAAAAUAUGCUAGAGUUUAACAUAGCCGACAUUUUCACAUCGUCCGAUCCGCUAGAGCAAGCUUCGAUCGUAAAGAAUCCUAUCUCGGAGAUUAUGGAUCACACGGUUAAGCAGAUUGACUUCGAAGAGGAUAAUCGAAUGACUGACAGCGGAUUUGCGGCGGCGCUAGAUUGGAGAACCAUCGCUGGCGGCGGUGGCGAAGCAGGACGAUGCGGAGAUGAAGGGCCGUUUGAUUUCAGUGGGACCGUUGAUAAAGCUUACUGGAGUGAUCAAUCUCUUAAUUAUCUUCCAUAAAUCACUCUGUAAGAUUUAAGGCUGUAUUACAUAAAUUAUUUUUUAAUAUAAAAAGAGAGAAUAGUUUGAGGUCAUUCAAAUGAUAUUCUGAUCUACAAAAUUAAUAUUUUCUGAAAAUAAUAUUAAAUUAGUUAUUAUUACAA